AUGUCGUCGCAAGAUCCUCACCGCGCCGACGACGACGCCUACGUUGAUGCCGAUGAAGCUGAUGAGGUUAUCAACCGUGAUGAGGACCACCCCAUGGAGUCCGAUGGCGAAGAUGAGGAUGGCGAUCAGCCCAUGAGCUACGAAGAACAAGAAAUCACCCUGCAGAAUGACUCCGCCGCCCAUUUCGAUAGCCACAACGACUCCGUUUUCUGCAUUGCUCAGCACCCCAUCCAUAACAACAUUGUCAUCACUGGCUCCGGAGACGAUUCCGCUUAUAUCUUCGAUUCGACGCCGAAUGAGGAGCGCCCUGUCCUUCCCCGCAGCUACGAGUCGGAUCCGCAACCCAGGCGCGAGCGGGAUUCUCUCCAGCCCCUCCUCAAGCUUGAUGGCCACUCCGACACCGUGAACGCCGUCGCCUUCACAGAACCCAAGGGCGAGUUCGUUAUCACGGCAGGAAUGGACGGCAAGCUGCGCGCUUACCGUGAUACUACACCCCAGGGUACCGGGCUCGCAUGGCAGUUCCUCGCGGAGGUUCAAGAAGUGGAGGAGAUCAAUUGGGUUGCUGUCUGCCCUUGCGAGAAGGGCAACGAGGAGAAGAGCAACAUCAUUGCUCUGGGUGCCAACGACGGUAGCGCUUGGGUGUUCCGCAUCGACCCCCGCGAUACCGCUGCUCCCAUCUCCAUCAUUCAGUCUUUCUUCCAACACACCGGAUCCUGCACUGCGGGUGCCUGGACCCCCGAUGGAAAGCUGCUGGCGACCGUCUCCGAGGACGGUAGCUUCUACGUUUACGAUGUCUUUGGCGACGCUGCCGCCGCUGGCGUCUCUUACUCCCCAGGUACUAGCGCUGUCGUCGGUCUGACUGCGGAGGACCAGCGCUUCGCCGUCGAGGGUGGCCUGUACUCCAUCGCCAUCUCCCCGGGUGGUGCUAUUGCCGCUGUUGGUGGUGCCGAGGGCAACAUCAAGGUGGUCGGUCUUCCCCGUUUGGCGCCGGCUGGCGGCGCUGCUUCCAAGGCGAAGGGCAAGGGUGCUGCUUCACAGGCGACUGCCUCUGCUGCGGGUACCCUGCUCGCCUCUCUCCAGGCCCAGAGUGACGGUGUCGAGACUCUUUCUUUCUCCUCCCCUCCUCUGACUCUUCUUGCGGCUGGCUCCGUGGAUGGCUCGAUCGCCCUGUUCGACGCUGCCCAUCGCUUCGCCGUCCGCCGUCACAUCAAGGAGGCGCACGAGGGCGCCGUGGUUAAGGUUGAGUUCCUGCAGAGCCGUGCUCCUGCCACCCCCUUGCCUCGUCCCAGUCCGCUGGCAGCCGCGACGGCCGGUCAAGGCCAACCGUGGCUGCUCACCUCCGUGGGUAUGGAUGGUGUUGUCAGACGCUGGGAUGCCCGUGGAGGAACUGCGGCUGCUGCCCAGGGUUUGUUGAAGGAAUGGAAGGGCCACUUGGGUCUUGUUGAGAACUCGGAGGGUGAACAAUCCGGCGGUAUUAUGGCCUUUGUGCAGAGCUCGGAUGGUAAGCGGGUUGUUACCGCCGGUGAUGACGGUAUUUCUCUGGUAUUUGAGGAGUAA